CCCCCUUCCAGGUGCGAACAUUUCCAGUCGGACAUGAUCGCCGGUCUCACGGUUGGGUUGACGGUGAUACCCCAGGGCUUGGCCUACGCCCAGGUCGCUGAUUUGCCCGCCCAGGUAAGUGUGUACGUCGCCCUUCAUCUCUCUCUCUUUCUCUCUCUCUCUCAUUCUUUCUCUCUUUCUCUCUCACACUCUCUUUCUCUCUCUUUCUCUCUCUAUCUCUCUCUGACUUUGUAUGUCUAGACAUCUUUCUAUUUCUCUCUCUGCCUCUCUAACUGUAUAGGUCUAUUGAUCUUUCUCUUUUCUUCUCAUUUUUUUCUCCAUGUCUCUCUUAACUUUUCUCGUAUAUCUCCACCUUCUCCCUAUCUUUCUAUCUAUAUCUUUCUCUCUCUCUCUCUCUCUCUCUCUCUCUCUCUCUCUCUCUCUCUCUCUCUCUCUCUCUCUCUCUCUCUCUCUCUCUCUCUGUCUAUCUCUCUUUCUCUCUAUAUAUCCCCCUCUUUCUCUAUCUCUCUCUCUUUUUCUAUAUUUCUCCCGCUCUUUUUCACCUCUCUCUCUCUUUUUUCUCCCCCCUCUGUCUCUUUCUUUCUUCCCCCCCUCUCUCUCUCUCUCUCUCCCUCCCUCUCUCUCUCACUCUCUCUCUACAAGGCAAUAUUAAAUAUUUUAUAAUGAAAAUUGACACCAAUUUACGUCGCACACAAUCACCUGCCCCCACCCUGUCACAGACAACCAUCUGUCCCCCUCCACUUUUCAAUUCUUUUCAGCUGCAUGCAGUUCUACAAAACACAAUACAAUCAUCAAAUAAUAUCCCUAUAUGUACCUAAAGGUAAUAGAACUAAAACUAUAUCUCCGGAACAUCCUCAUCGCCCUUGUCUGUUUCAGUACGGCCUCUACUCGGCGUUCGUAGGCUGCUUCGUCUACUGCUUCCUGGGCACGGCCAAGGACAUCACCCUGGGGCCGACAGCCAUCUUGUCCCUGAUGACGGCCACGUUCGGCACCGCGCUGUCCCCGGUGCUUCCCAACGGUCAGAGGGACGCCACCAUGACCAUUGUGCUGACCUUGAUCUGUGGGAUCAUUCAGCUGGCCAUGGGCUUCCUCAAGCUAGGUAAUGUGGGAUCAUUCAGCUGGCCACGGGCUGCCUCAAGCUAGGUAAUGUGGGAUCAUUCAGCUGGCCACGGGCUGCCUCAAGCUAGGUAAUGUGGGAUCAUUCAGCUGGCCACGGGCUUCCUCAAGCUAGGUAUUUCACAGUCUCCUUGGUGUCUGGCAGUUCUAAGCACAUUCAUAAACAAUAGAAAAAUAUCCAAGUAAGACAAGCAAGAGUUUGCAAAAUGCAACCUUUGUCAUCUCACAACGAACUUGAUCUUAUUAGUAAUUUUCCAUGAGUGACACCAUAUGCAUUCUUUUACCUAUAUCCUUUUCCUUGGGUACACUAGCCCCAGAAGACACUUUUUAAACAUAGAUAUAUUGAAAAAGAUGUGGGGUGGGGGGGGGUGGGUGCAACCAUGCCGGUCCACAGGAGAGUUUUUUUCUUGGCCCGCUCCAGGCGGCAUUAACUGUAGCGACGUCUGCGGGUUAAGGUUAAUCGCCGUUUUUUUCAUAAAUAAUUAUUAUAUAAGAUUCUAUGCGUUCUUUUAAUUCUACAGUGUGCCCCCAGAAAAAGUGAGAACGUCUGGUAACAAAGGGUUAUAUCAUUGAUUUAAUACAAUGUUUUGUCAUCGACAGUUAUAUGAACAUUAUUACGGUAAUCAAUAAAAAAAAAACAUGUCCAUUUGGUCCCCCCCCCCCCCCAAAAAAAAAAAAAAAAAAAAACAUCGCCAUUUGGUCCCCCCCCCCCCAAAAAAAAAAAAAAAAAAAAAUCUCCCAGCUUCUCAACAACUUUUUGGUAAGCUUGGACGCUUUGUUUAUGCUUCUGACAAUAAAGUGAAGUUAUAACAUUUUUGGGCCACCCCGUAUAUAUAAAUCAAUAUAUAUAUAUAAAUAUUUUUUUUUUAAACUUUCCUGACCACCACCUCUCUUUAAAAAGGAAACAACUGAGUUUAUUGUACACCUGCUGGUUGAAAACUGCUGACCACUGCCUUCCUAAACUUUCCAAAACGAUUUAAACAGUAACGUCACUAACAUCACCCCACACCCCCCACCACCCAGAUCCUCGCUGUUAAUAUAUUUGUUCAAAUUCUUUUUAGGUAUCCUCGUCAAUUUCAUCUCCUACCCCGUCAUCAACGCCUUCACCUCGGCGGCCGCCAUAACGAUCGCCUUUGGUCAGAUCAAGGUAAACAUUUGGCACCCAUGGGCGCCCGCAGAAAACUUUCUAGGGGGGGGGGCAAAAAAAUCGAUUAACUUUCCAAUUUCCAAAUUUUGUUAGUAAAGUUUUAAUAUAUUUUUAAUUUACUGUAGCGUAUUUGUAUGGUGAACGAACGGACAGGACAUCAGCUUAAUUACUUUCUCUUUAUUUUCUCUUACAUUAAUAAUUUUGUUGUUUAUUUUUGCCUAAAUUUUUUUUAUCCAAUCAAUCCAGGGGGGGCAAGUGCCCCCCUUGCCCCUACCUGCGGGCACCCAUGUUGGCACCAAAUUACGACCCAACCCCCCUCUUUUAUUUUAACAUCGUGGCUCUGUUAAAAUAUACUUUUUAAAUUAUGUUGUGGAUAUUACAAUUUUAACUGUGUAACAUUUAGUUACAGUGAUAACUCUGUGAGAGGUUGUUUAUUGUAAAACAACCCACGUCUGUGAUAAGCUGCCAGAGAUAAACUUGUUGAAAAAAUGGGCACCAUCACCAUCACCAUGGCCAUCCCCAUCACCAUCACCAUGGCCAUCCCCAUCACCAUCCCCAUCAACCAGCAACACUCACAUACAGCCUGCAAAAUCGUUCAGCAUUUAAAAUUGGAUGCAUUCAUUGACAUGUCGUCUUGUUACAGAACCUCCUCUGUCUAUUUAAUAUUGGAUGCAUUCAUUGACAUGUCGUCUUGUUACAGAACCCCCUCUGUCUGUUUAAUAUUGGAUGCAUUCAUUGACAUGUCGUCUUGUUACAGAACCUCCUAUGUCUGUUUAAUAUUGGAUGCAUUCAUUGACAUGUCGUCUUGUUACAGAACCUCCUCUGUCUGUUUAAUAUUGGAUGCAUUCAUUGACGUGUCGUCUUGUUACAGAACCUCCUCUGUCUGUUUAAUAUUGGAUGCAUUCAUUGACGUGUCGUCUUGUUACAGAACCUCCUCUGUCUGUUUAAUAUUGGAUGCAUUCAUUGACGUGUCGUCUUGUUACAGAACCUCCUCUGUCUAUUUAAUAUUGGAUGCAUUCAUUGACAUGUCGUCUUGUUACAGAACCUCCUCUGUCUGUUUAAUAUUGGAUGCAUUCAUUGGCAUGUCGUCUUGUUUCAGAACCUCCUCUGUCUGUUUAAUAUUGGAUGCAUUUAUUGGCAUGUCGUCUUGUUACAGAACCUCCUCUGUCUGUUUAAUAUUGGAUGCAUUCAUUGACGUGUCGUCUUGUUACAGAACCUCCUCUGUCUGUUUAAUAUUGGAUGCAUUCAUUGACAUGUCGUCUUGUUUCAGAACCUCCUCUGUCUGUUUAAUAUUGGAUGCAUUUAUUGGCAUGUCGUCUUGUUACAGAACCUCCUCUGUCUGUUUAAUAUUGGAUGCAUUCAUUGACGUGUCGUCUUGUUACAGAACCUCCUCUGUCUGUUUAAUAUUGGAUGCAUUCAUUGACAUGUCGUCUUGUUUCAGAACCUCCUCUGUCUGUUUAAUAUUGGAUGCAUUCAUUGGCAUGUCGUCUUGUUACAGAACCUCCUCUGUCUGUUUAAUAUUGGAUGCAUUCAUUGGCAUGUCGUCUUGUUACAGAACAUUCUCUGUCUGUUUAAUAUUGGAUGCAUUCAUUGACGUGUCGUCUUGUUACAGAACCUCCUCUGUCUGUUUAAUAUUGGAUGCAUUCAUUGGCAUGUCGUCUUGUUACAGAACAUUCUCUGUCUGUUUAAUAUUGGAUGCAUUCAUUGGCAUGUCGUCUUGUUACAGAACCUCCUCUGUCUGUUUAAUAUUGGAUGCAUUCAUUGACGUGUCGUCUUGUUACAGAACCUCCUCUGUCUGUUUAAUAUUGGAUGCAUUCAUUGGCAUGUCGUCUUGUUACAGAACAUUCUCUGUCUGUUUAAUAUUGGAUGCAUUCAUUGGCAUGUCGUCUUGUUACAGAACCUCCUCUGUCUGUUUAAUUUUGGAUGCAUUCAUUGGCAUGUCGUCUUGUUAAAGAACAUUCUCUGUCUGUUUAAUAUUGGAUGCAUUCAUUGACGUGUCGUCUUGUUACAGAACCUCCUCUGUCUGUUUAAUAUUGGAUGCAUUCAUUGGCGUGUCGUCUUGUUACAGAACAUUCUCUGUCUGUUUAAUAUUGGAUGCAUUCAUUGACGUGUCGUCUUGUUACAGAACCUCCUCUGUCUGUUUAAUAUUGGAUGCAUUCAUUGGCAUGUCGUCUUGUUACAGAACAUUCUCUGUCUGUUUAAUAUUGGAUGCAUUCAUUGACGUGUCGUCUUGUUACAGAACCUCCUCUGUCUGUUUAAUAUUGGAUGCAUUCAUUGGCAUGUCGUCUUGUUACAGAACAUUCUCUGUCUGUUUAAUAUUGGAUGCAUUCAUUGGCGUGUCGUCUUGUUACAGAACAUUCUCUGUCUGUUUAAUAUUGGAUGCAUUCAUUGACGUGUCGUCUUGUUACAGAACCUCCUCUGUCUGUUUAAUAUUGGAUGCAUUCAUUGGCGUGUCGUCUUGUUACAGAACAUUCUCUGUCUGUUUAAUAUUGGAUGCAUUCAUUGGCGUGUCGUCUUGUUACAGAACCUCCUCGGUCUCAAGAACAUUCCCAACGACUUCCUGCCCAUGGUUUAUGAAACAUGCAAGAAACUGCCGGACACAAAGUAAGUCUGUCUAUAUAAUGCCAUGUUUGGCUAUACAACUUCGUGUCUGGCCACAUAAUGUCAGGUCUGCCUACAUUAUGUCCUGUCUGGCUAUAUUAUCUUGUUUCCUAUAUUACGCCAUGACUGGCUAUACUACGUCAUGCCUUGCUAUAUUACGUCAUGUCUAGCAAUAUUAUUUCAUGUCUGGUCUGCCUACCUCACGUCAUGUCUGGCUACUUUCGGCAAACAUUUCGGCUCAAAGAAGUCGUCAAACUGUUGUUUUUAAACAACACCAGGCAAACUUUGAAAACAUCAAAUGUAAAUUUUUUUUUAUAUUAUUUUUUUAAUAUUUUUUUUUGCGUUCAUUCAUUCAAGACCUAUCAACUCAGUAUAACAAAAGAUCUCAUUCAACUCUCCCCCCAUCAGGAUAUGGGACAUGACCAUGGGGCUGUCCAGUCUCGUCCUGGUCAUCGCCAUGAAGAAGCUCCGUGAAAUCAAGUGGAAAAAUGACCCCAACGACCCACCUUCUGUGCCGAAACAAAUAUUUACCAAAACCCUUUGGCUCAUAGGAACAGGUAAAUCAAUUAAAAGGCAAUAUUAAAGACUCGUUCAAUAGGUAUGUGCAAAACUGUAAGUCCUAGGGCGUGAGCAACUAAUAGUUCACUCUGAUCAUCAGGAAUACAAUCAGCAGUGAUUAAGGGGUAAAAAUUAUGUUUUUAUGUAUACAUUUAUGUAAUUUGAAAAAUUUGGUUAACGUUUGUCUAUACCAGGGGUUCCCAAAGUGGUCAAUAACGACCCCCAGGGGUCGACGACAACUUGCAAGGGGUCCAUGUCAGCUAAAAAAAAAAAAUCAAUAUUACCCAAAACCGAAAAAAAAAACAUGGCAAGUGGUCUACCAGACAAAAAAGUUUGAGGACCUCUGGUCUAUGCAAACGUUGAGCCAUUUGCCAUUAGCCAUCAGUUGCGACUAGAAACAAAAAUAUUUGAAUAAUAAAAAAUCAGAAGACUUAGGUGUCCUUGUAACAAUUUAAGAACUAAUGCCACUGAUGCUCAGUUCACACAAUCAGGUUUGCCUCAAAUUUCUUUUUGAGCGCGUUACUUAUUAAAACAAAAUAGUGCGUUCGACAAUAAAUUUGACGCACAUAUGAUCGUGCGAACUGAGCAUAACGCUUUCACUAAAUAAACUUCCCGAUAAACUGUGCUAAAUGCAGUUGGGUGCGUAAUUUUUUGUUUGUUUGUUUGUUUGUUUGUUGUUGUUGUUUUUUGCGGAAUAGUCUCAAUUUAAAUAUGACGUAAUCAAUUUGCGAUGUAAAUAAAUAAAAAAAAAGGGGAGGGCGGGGUAUAUUAGAAUCUCAAUAUAGUUCAGGGGGCGGGAAAACAAAAAAGUAUGCCUUGGCGUAUCAAUGUGGGUGUGGUCAGGGAGGGGGGGCGCGAGGCCCUUAUUGGGAUGCAUGUUUUGUCAAGUAACUUUAGCAGAUGGGGAGCUAUCGCAUUGCGGCCGCCAUUAUUUGGCGGGCUGUAACUAUAGUAAAUACGAUAAUUGUUUGACUGGAUUAUGUGACACCGAUCACUUUCACAGCCACAAAUGUGAUUGUCGUCGUCAUCGCGGCCGGCGUGGUGGCCAUCUUGGAGAGCAAAGGGAUCACGAACGUCAUCUCGGUCACCGGUAAAAUCAAAGCCGGCAUGCCGCCCGUCGCACCGCCUCGGUUUGAUAUCGACAACGGGAACAUCACGAUGUCCGGCACGGAACUACUUUCUGUGAGUAUGAUCGAUUGUCAUGAUGGGCCGUGAACUGAGAUGUGAUCCCCAAUAGGGCAAUAACGUAAUUAUUAUGUCAGUAAUUACGUGGCCAUGGUGCGGAUAAUUUUCUAAUAUGUAUUACGCUUCGGGUCGGCUGUUUCCCCAACCAGCUGUCUGCUUCCUCUUCAGCGUAUUCGGUAUCCAUUUCGCAAACAACUGUUGGGGUGAAUUCGUCUACCAUCUUUUCCAGCUGGCUAUUAUCUCCUUGAUGUAAAGUGGCCUGUGUUGUUUAUGGUUGCAAGGGAUGAAAGACUUAGAAUGGGUAUUCUCGUAUGCAGUUUUUGUAAUGUUGCGUUUUGUAUUUCAAUGUGGUAUAAUAUAGAUUUUUCUUAUUUCUCUUUUAAUAUGGUUGACUUUGUACCGCGCUUCGAGCCUUUGGGGAUGAAGCGUUAUUUUCAAAUAAGCUUUAUUAUUAUUAUUUUUUAUUAUUAUUAUUGAGAUUAUAUUACAAAUAAUUCUCUAUGUUUGAAAGAAAGUAUGGUUCAGUAGUGAGUUCAAUAGCGCGCAAAAAAAAAUAUAAUUCCCGAUAACUACGCUAAAUGAUUUUUUUUUUUAAAAUAACGGAAGUGCGUUUGGUGGGUAAUAUUUUCUUUCUUUUUUCGGAAAAAGAAAUCAUCUCAAUUUAAAUAAAAUGUAAUAAAUAUUAGUUUUCAAAGUGAUUGGGACAUCAGAAUAUCUAAUUUAGUUCACCUGCAUGAAAUAAAAAUUUUGCAGUGACGUAUCAUAGGGGGAAUGAGAAGUUCACGCAUGUCCAAUGUUUGGCGAGCUACAAUUAGUCAUGUAAUAUUAUUACAUGGAAAUUUUACUUAUGAUCAUAGCGGUAAGGAGUAAGGAUCUGUAAUAUACGAUUACACACUUGGGAUUUAGGAAGGGGAAUAAAUGAAGGACUGCGUUCAAUCCGUGUGAAGGAAAUUGUGCAACAAGGUAUGUGGAAGCUUGAAAUAUAAAGACAGGACCAUGCAAGAAGAACGUUUCGGCUAAGAGCCUCCCACAGCAGACAGGACAAAUGGAAAAAAAAACAAAAACAAAAAACCAAGAAGAAACAGAAAGUGGUUUACAUAGUAUUAAGUGUUCCGAGUUCGCCAUUAAUGUUAUUGCCGGAAGUUGGGUUUUCCGAGACCAAGAUUACCGGAAGUAAACGAAUGUAUGUAUCAUUUCUCUGAAACUUAAUAUUUUAACGGACAAAAAUAUUUUGGAAAUAUGUAAAUUAUAAGAAAUAAGAAAAGACAAACAGAGAAAUUGAGGAUCACUAGUCAAAAGAGAUUUAUAGUCAUAGUGUGUUAACUCCUUGAAUUCAAUAGGAAUGUUUUCUGCUUUAAAGGGUUUUGAAUUUGCCGCCUUUUAAAUAUAUAGGGAUCCUAAUUUAUAACUAUAUCUAAAUCCUGAACUAUUGUUUACAAAUGAACUUUUAUUUGGAAUGUUCUAAAGCGGUUGAACGUCGAUUAAACAGAAAUAACAUUUUUACUUUUUAUUUUAGAAACUUGGAGCUGGCCUGGGUAUUGUCCCUUUGCUGUCCAUUGUGGAGCAUAUGGCUAUAGGAAAAGCUUUUGGUGAGAACGCUUUACUAACUAACUAACUGACAUACUCUGGUGGAGGGCUUGCGUUUAAGCUCUUCAAAGCCCGGGCUAGUACAGUGGCAGCAUACCCCAUCUGCUUGGCAGUGCCAUGAUAUAACAUUGUCUGAAAGUAGGACUCGGCUCCCGGCCUUCACCUUCCCAGCAACAUCUAGUGCGGUGGCAUGAAUUCAAAAGAUGCGCUACUGUCUCCGGGGCCAGCGUGCAAUGCCGACAGGUCGGGUCCCUGUUCUUGUCUUGCCGGUUGAAGUAAGAGUUAGUAGGGCGGUGUUCCGUUCACGUUUGGGCCCCCAGGGAUCAUCAGGGGUCACCAGGGGUCACCAGGGGUUGGGUCUCUUUUUCGCGUUCUGUUUAUCUUGUUAAAGAAGUGUAAAAAGAAGAGGACAUUCACGCUGCGAAAAUAAGCAAUGGAAACAGAUCAGAGACCCUUGAAUAACUCGAGGCUAUAUUUACUUUACAACAUAAUGGCUUUAUUGCUGUUUUUAAUGUUGCUUGUUUACACUUUACAUCAUAAAAGUGGACCAUUUGCAGCAUUUCAGCAUUGACAUAGUAUCGACUUUACAUUUUGAUUUCUCUUUAAGUUUGAUGUACGGCAUGUUUCGAGCAAAACCUUUGUACGAUAUUUUUCACAGCACGUGUCAACAACUACAAGAUUGACCCGACCCAAGAACUCAUUGCCAUCGGUGCUUCCAACAUUAUAAGCUCCUUCUUUUCAUCCUACCCGAUCACAGGCAGUUUCUCAAGGUGAAUAACUGCUUCAGACAUGAGCUUAAUAAAAAUGAAUCAUUUGUUGACUCCCUUUCAAAGUAUUAUCAUUAUUAUUAUUAUUAUUAUUAUUAUUAUUAUUAUUAUUUGGUGUGCUUUUUUUUUAAUUUCAUCUUUAACAAUAUCUCUGUGUUAUUUACAUUUGCCACAAUUUUUUGUUAAUAUAAUAACGUCCAAAAUUUUUUUUAAAAAAUGGUGUGAUCUUUGCGCAGGACUGCUGUGAAUUCCCAGAGUGGCGUGCGCACACCCAUGGGUGGGAUCUGGACGGGUGGACUCGUGAUCCUGGCCCUGUGCGUCCUGACGCCGUGGUUUUACUACAUUCCAAAGUCGGCCCUGGCUGCGGUCAUUAUCGCUGCCGUCAUACAGAUGGUGGAGUAUCACGUGGUUGUGCAGCUCUGGAAGGCCAAUAGUAAGUGAAGUGGUAGUCUGGGGUGGGGGUGAAUGGAUGGGUGGGAGUCGGCCCUGGCUGCGGUCAUUAUCACUGCCGUCAUACAGAUGGUGGAGUAUCACGUUGUCGUGCAGCUCUGGAAGGCCAAUAGUAAGUGAGGGGGUAGGGUGGGGGUGAAUGGAUGGGUGGGAGUCGUCCCUGGCUGCGGUCAUUAUCGCUGCCGUCAUACAGAUGGUGGAGUAUCACGUGGUCGUGCGGCUCUGCAAGGCCAAUAGUAAGUGAAGGGAUAGGCUGGGGUGGGGGUGAAUGGAUGGGUGGGAGUCGGCCCUGGCUGCGGUCAUUAUCGCUGCCGUCAUACAGAUGGUGGCGUAACACGUGGUCGUGCAGCUCUGGAAGGCCAACAGUAAGUGAAGGUGUAGUGUGGGGUGGGGGUGGAUGGAUGGGUGGGAGUAGGCCCUGGCUGCGGUCAUUAUCGCUGCCAUCAUAAAAUGGUGGAGUAUCACGUGGUCGUACAGCACUGGAAGGCCAACAAUAAGUGGGGGGUGGGUAAAUAGGAGGGGAGGGGAGUGGAGUGGGUGGUUGGAAAGUGGAAUAAAUUUGUGGGUGGAAGUUGAAAAAAAAAUAUGUGGUUAGAAGUUAGAUUAAAUGUGUUGGUGGAAAGUGGAAUGAAUGUUUCUGCGUGGAAAGUGCAAAUAUGCACACACACACACACACAAAAUAAAUAGACAAAGGUUCAAAUUUAUUAAAACAUAAGUGCCCAUUUCAUAAGUUAGGAUUAUUGUUAACAAAUCAUGUCACAUAAUAGCAGGAAUGUAGGGAGGGGCUUCGGCCGGGGGGGGGGGUUGUUUAUUAUUAAAACAUAAGUGCCCAUUUCAUAAGUUAGGAUUAUUGUUAACAAAUCAUGUCACAUAAUAGCAGGAAUGUAGGGAGGGGCUUCGGCCGGGGGGGGGGGGUUGUUUCGCUCCGGUCGGCGCUUGUUUUCAUUAUGUUGAGGGGGGGGGCAUUUUCGGACAACUGCAUGGGAAUACCAAACCCAUGGAAGGGUUGGCAAAUAAUUAUUGGCCCUCUCCGGGUGGCCUUUAACUUAGCUACGCCCCUGUAUAAUUGGGUAAUGUCAUGUAAUGUAAUGUAAUGUAAUGUAACUGACUUUUGUUUCAGAGCUGGAUCUUGUUCCAUUUGUCAUUACAUUCGUCUGCUCUCUCAUCAUUGGCAUAGAGGUAGGCGAUCUUUAGGCAUAGAGGUAGGCGAUAGUUAGGCAUAGAGGAAUGCGAUAUUUAGGCAUAGAGGAAUGCGAUCUUUAGGCAUAGAGGUAAGCGAUCUUUAGGCAUAGAGGUAAGCGAUCUUUAGGCAUAGAGGUAAGCGAUCUUUAGGCAUAGAGGUAGGCGAUCUUUGGGCAUAGAGGUAGGCGAUCUUUAGGCAUAGAUAUAUGCGAGCUUUAGGAAUAGAGGUAUACGAUUUUUAGGCAUAUAUGGUAUGCGACCUUUAGCCAUAGAAGUAGGAGAUCUUUAGGCAUAUAGGUAUGCGAUCUUUAGGCAUAGAGGAAUUCGAUCUAUAUGCAUAGAGGUAAGCGAUCUUUAGACAUAGAGGUAUAUGCAAUCUCUAGGCAUAGAGGUGUGUAAUCUUUACAAAUGACAUGUUGACGUCAUUGUACCGUAAUUGUAAGACUGUGACUAUUUUUCUCACGAACCCCAUCUUCUCUCCCAACCCCAAUCCCUUCUCUCCAUCCUCUAUCUGUCGUCCCCAUCUCUACCAUCUUUAAUGCUAUAUAACUUUGUCAUGUCUCUUUCCCCCCAGUAUGGUAUUCUGAUCGGCAUUGGACUUUCCGUCUUCAUGUUGCUGUACCCAACAGCAAGACCAAAGAUCAAGGUAGCAACUCGGUCUAGUUUUUAUUUAUUUAUUUUUUAAAAAUUAUUUUGGACACAUUAAGUUUGAAUUGCUGUUAUAAAAAAUCUAGACUCUAGGCUUAAAAAUAAACUUAAUAAGUAACAAAUUAAUCCUGAUGAAUGGGAGUUUCGUUGUAAAAUUUAAAUUUCAGAACGAGACUAUGAAUGGCUUUCUCAUUGUAACAUUUACAUUUCAGCACGAGACGAUGAAUGGCUUUCUCAUUGUAACAUUUAUAUUUCAGCACGAGACUAUGAAUGGCUUUCUCAUUGUAACAUUUACAUUUCAGCACGAGACUAUGAAUGGCUUUCUCAUUGUAACAUUUAUAUUUCAGCACGAGACGAUGAAUGGCUUUCUCAUUGUAACAUUUAUAUUUCAGCACGAGACUAUGAAUGGCUUUCUCAUUGUAGCAUUUAUAUUUCAGCACGAGACUAUGAAUGGCUUUCUCAUUGUAACAUUUAUAUUUCAGCACGAGACGAUGAAUGGCUUUCUCAUUGUAACAUUUACAUUUCAGCACGAGACUAUGAAUGGCUUUCUCAUUGUAACAUUUAUAUUUCAGCACGAGACGAUGAAUGGCUUUCUCAUUGUAACAUUUAUAUUUCAGCACGAGACUAUGAAUGGCUUUCUCAUUGUAGCAUUUACAUUUCAGCACGAGACUAUGAAUGGCUUUCUCAUUGUAACAUUUAUAUUUCAGCACGAGACGAUGAAUGGCUUUCUCAUUGUAACAUUUAUAUUUCAGCACGAGACGAUGAAUGGCUUUCUCAUUGUAACAUUUACAUUUCAGCACGAGACGAUGAAUGGCUUUCUCAUUGUAACAUUUAUAUUUCAGCACGAGACGAUGAAUUGCUUUCUCAUUGUAACAUUUACAUUUCAGCAAGAGACUAUGAAUGGCUUUCUCAUUGUAACAUUUACAUUUCAGCACGAGACUAUGAAUGGCUUUCUCAUUGUAACAUUUAUAUUUCAGCACGAGACGAUGAAUGGCUUUCUCAUUGUAACAUUUACAUUUCAGCACGAGACUAUGAAUGGCUUUCUCAUUGUAACAUUUAUAUUUCAGCACGAGACUAUGAAUGGCUUUCUCAUUGUAACAUUUAUAUUUCAGUACGAGACUAUGAAUGGUUUUCUCAUUGUAACAUUUAUAUUUCAGUACGAGACGAUGAUUGGUUUUCUCAUUGUAACAUUUAUAUUUCAGUACGAGACGAUGACUGGCUUCCUCAUUGUCAAACCCAUGCAAGGCUUAAACUUCCCCGCUGCUGAGCACCUUGAAUUACAAGCCAUUGAAAAAGCCCUGGCAGGUAGAUGGCCUAAGUUUGUUCUAGUUGUUUCUAGCCUUGUUGGGUGCUGGGUGGCUGAGUGGUCCACACUGCCUCAACCCCCACCAAAGCCAACAUCCCAAGUACCCCGGGUGGGUGGGGCUCGUUAGCCUUGGACGCUCGCUAGCCUUGGUGGACGGCAACUCAUCUAAGAGGAGGCAAACUCUGUGACAUGUUAAAACACUGUGACAUGUAAUAACACUGUGACAUGUAAUAACACUGUGACAUGUAAUAACACCGUGACAUGUAAUAACACUGUGACAUGUUAUAACACUGUGACAUGUAAUAACACUGUGACAUGAAAUACACCGUGACAUGUAAUAACACUGUGACAUGUUAUAAAUCUGUGACAUGAAAUACACCGUGACAUGUUAUAACACUGUGACAUGUAAUAACACUGUGACAUGAAAUACACCGUGACAUGUCAUAACACUGGGACAUAUUAUAACACUGUGACAUAUAAUAACACUGACAUGUUAUGACACCGUGACAUGUAAUAACACUGUGACAUGAAAUACACCGUGACAUGUUAUAACACUGUGACAUGUAAUAACACUGUGACAUGUAAUAACACUGUGACAUGAAAUACACCGUGACAUGUCAUAACACUGGGACAUAUUAUAACACUGUGACAUGUUAUAACACUGUUACAUAUAAUAACACUGAAAUGUUAUGACACUGUGACAUGUAAUAACACUGUGACAUGAAAUACACCGUGACAUGAAAUACACCAUGACAUGUAAUUAUGUAUUGCAGCCGACAAGCCGAGGCACAUUAUUCUGGACAUGGAGCACCUGGCAGACGUCGACUUCACCGCCAUCCAGUCCAUCAAAGCUCUGAUGUUGGACUGCGACCUCCAUGGGAUGAAACUGAUCCUGGCCAACGGACGGGUGAGUCACGUUUCUAAAUGCAUUUCUGAUACUGACCAAUUGUCACAUUUCUAAAGGAAUGUCUGAUCUUGACCAAUGGACGGGUAAAUCACAUUUCUAAACGCAUGUCUGAUCUUGAUCCAAUGGACAGGCGAGUCACAUUUCCAAAUGCAUUUCUGAUACUGACCAAUUGUCACAUUUCUAAAGGAACGUCUGAUCUUGACCAAUGGACGGGUAAGUCACAUUUCUAAACGCAUGUCUGAUCUUGAUCAAAUGGACAGGUGAGUCACGUUUCCAAAUGCAUUUCUGAUACUGACCAAUUGUCACAUUUCUAAAGGAACGUCUGAUCUUGACCAAUGGAUGGGUAAGUCACAUUUCUAAAGGAAUGUCUGAUCUUGACCAAAGGACAGGUAAGUCCCAUACUAUGAAUGAGAAAGUCUGUAUUUUCGGACUGUAACAAUCAAAAUGUAUUUCUGAUCAUAGGCCAACACGAGCUAUUUAAGUAAUAGAAUCUGGGCAGACAUAUUUUCGAGCACUAAUAUCUCGCUUCACUAAUGGCCCAGUGGUAUUCAUUCAGUGAAUCUCAAAUUGAUUGUGAAAAUCGGCGAUUUCAAACAGUGUAAAUAUUCCAGGAAAUGUUAUUUUAGGCAGAUAUGUCAAAGUUGUAUCUUUGAGUAAAUAUUCCAGUGAAUGUUGCUGAAUGUCAAAUUUUAUCUCUGAAAUGUUGCCAUAAACUGUUCAGUGUUUGUACUGUGAUACACAGGAGAUGAUCUUCAACAUUCAGUUUGCUCUGUCUUAUCUUCCCAGCCUCACGUGAACAGCCAGGUGAAACACGCUGAAAUAAACCACGUGAUCAUAGAGAAGACAGUGAAGGGCGCCCUGGAGAAGUUCAGCUCACCAGGUGAGUUCACAUCAAUGUGA